CUGAAUACUAAUACUACUACUAAAUACUAGUUUAGCUACCUGUUCAUCUGCUGGCACGGCCACCUGCUCUCUAUCUCUGCUGAAGCAACAGUCUCCCGUCUCUCCAUGAACAGGAAAGCUCUCAGGCUCACAAGAAUCAAGCAUGGCAAAAGAGCACAGGGCACGUCUCCCCUCGAGGCUCACCGUUGAUUUGCUCAGUGCAGCCGCAGCUUCGGCCACCAUCUCGCCCAUCAUCUGCAUCAUCGAUCGCAGCAUCAUAGAAGCAACGAGUGGCAAGUCGCCCUCCAUCAUACAGAGCAUGAAGACCAGCACACGGCAUCUCAUUCGCUCCCCUGUCAGCUUCUUGACGUCACUACCUUUUUUACUCCUCUAUGGCGUCUAUUUCGCAACCUAUGCCACAGCCAACGUCUUUGACACCAUACAAACACGAGCUGUACCAGAGUGGAGCAAGCAGACGAAUGGCUUUGGCAAGUUCAUUGCAACAACAGCCGUCAAUUUGUCUGCAUGUGUGUACAAAGAUGUGCACUAUGCAAAACUCUUCGGCACAGGUCAACCACGCCCUUUGCCUCUCGCCUCUUAUGGCUUGUUUUCAGCAAGAGACUCAUUAACCAUCUUUGCCUCCUUCAAUGUCCCAAGUCUGCUUGCCCCCUACAUUGGGUUGAAUGUUGCACAACUCACAGUGCCAUGUGCAAUGCAACUCUUCUCCACACCCAUGCAUCUUCUAGGCUUGGAUGUCUAUAACCGCCCUGGACCCAGUAUACCCAUAGCAUCUAGAUGGCAAGAAGUCAAGAAACGCUAUUGGAAGUCAACAGCCGCAAGAAUCAUGCGAAUCCUGCCAGCCUUUGGUGUCGCUGGUAUUGUGAAUCGAGAUGUCAGACGGAGAGGUAUGAGCAUGAUACAAUAAUAUGCGAGGUCAUGAGAAACAAAUCUAUAACUUUUUCUGGUCAUCUAGAAUAGUGUACAUUACAAGCAGACCAUAGACUCAGGGUGUUUUGAGACCUGAGCAGAAAUGCCAGCGAAGGCACAAUUCCAAUGCGCCAUCCUUGUAUUCUGCCAACACGGCGGCUGCCAUCUGACCUGCUUCUUC